GCCCUGGGUCCGAUGCCCCGAGAUCCAAUUGCCAGCUGCAAGCCGGACAGGAAGGGCAUGAAGGUGAUCCACCAGGCCAGCCUCCUUCUCCCAGAGCUGAUGCCCAAGCUCCUGACCUUCAUGGCAGCGUCCCCGGAGCUUCCAAGAGAGGAGCCCCUGCAGAAGGGGCAAGCCGUUGGCUCCACAGUCUGA